AACGAGGUUGGAUACAAGUUCCGGUGGCGGUGUAAGACCGUCGUUGGUACAUUGUGGGUAGGGGGAGAAUAAAACGUGAAUAUGAAAGAUGUCUUCUAAACUCGAAACAAGAGUAAUCCAAGUUUCUAACGUCGCUCCAGCAACCACAAAAGAACAGCUUAAAACGCUCUUCGGUUUCUUAGGACGCAUCAGAGAGUGCAAGGUUUUUCCGCCCGAUGGAUCAGACCAACAGGUAACAGCCAAAGUAUGUUACGUUGAAUAUGAAGACUCAACAUCUGCGGGAGUUUCUCUGCACUUGACAAACACCGUCUUCAUUGACAGGGCUCUCAUUGUUGUCCCUGUAAUGGAUGGUAAAAUUCCAGAUGAGAGAGUAGCAAUGCAAUUGACACCACAGACUGUGUCACGAAUGUCAGCUGGACAGCCAGCGUGGCCAUCCAAUGUAGUCAGUCAGGUGUGUGGUACAGGAAUAAAUCAAAUGAUCACAACCUAUGAUCCACGGCUGAAUGCUUUGGGGCUGCCACAGUAUCCACCCCUUGCUGCAACUUUAGAUGCUGCCCGUGUCGAAGAGAUUCGACGUACAGUAUAUGUUGGCAAUCUUGAUCCUAAAACUACCGCUGAAAGCUUGAUCACCUAUUUCUCUCAAGUUGGGGAAGUGAAGUAUGUUCGUAUGGCUGGUGAUGAAACAGGGAUGGCCCGGUCAGCAUACAUAGAAUUUACAGACCAGCGAUCUGUUGCCACAUGUCUGACCUAUGGUGGGACUAUGUUUGGAGGCAGACCUAUCUCGGUUAGUCAUGCCAUGACAAACAUCUCAAAACCACUGAGCAAGUCACAGGAGGCUUCAAGGCGUGAGAUGGAGGAGGCAAUGAAGAAAGUUAAAGAGGCCCAGGCUCUCAUCUCAGCUGCAGCAGGAGAGAAAAGCAGUCGUUCUAGGUCCCGAUCUCGCAGACGGUCUGGCUCUCGUUCACGCCAUAGCCGAUCUACAUCAAGAUCAAGAAGAUCAAGGUCUCGAUCUAGAGGUCGCAGACGUCGUUCUCGGUCCCAUAGGCGAUCUAGGUCUCCUCGGCGGGUACACCGUACUCGAUCUCGAUCCCGCAGACGCCGUUCCAGGUCCAGGUCUGGCAUUGUUGUUAUCCCAGCCAAAGAACGUCGAUCAAGAUCCCGUGACAGACGACGUUCAAGAUCACGCUCCAAGCCGCAUCGGCGCUCAAAGUCAGGCUCACGUUCAAGCAGACGACCUUCUCGGACACCACCCAGGGCAUAUUCGACUCGGAGAUCUCGUUCUAAGAGCAAAGGAAAGAAGUCUCGUUCACGAAGCCGCCACCGCUCACGCUCUCGCUCACGGGACAAAGAUGGCGGACGUUCCAAGGAUAAGAGUAAGGAUAAGUUGCGAGAGAAGGAGAAAGGCAGCCGGGCGAAGGACUCAGAAAAAUCUGGGGAAAAGAAGAAAGGCACAGGGUCACGAUCGCCCUCUCCCCCAACGCUGGAGCGUGAGGGGUCGGCAGCCCCUCGGUCUGCAGACGAAGGCUCGCCUGCAAAGUUGGAAGCAAGUGCAAAGGAGAAGGAGAAUGUUGUUAAACCUGAGAGUGACCAUGUUCCAGUGCAGAGGAAAUCUGGCAGUGAUGCUACUAUUGACAAGAAGAGCAGCAGAAAAAGAGAACGUUCAAAGAGCCCUGCUCGCUUCACUCGUCGUCGCAGUGUUUCUCGUAGUCCAGUGAAAAGCUCAAGACGACGCAGUGCAUCCAGGAGCCCUGUGCGACGUCGUAGCCCCAGCCUUAAAAGAGCUCCUAAGAGCAAAUCUAGGAGUCCUCGGCGGUCCAGGUCCCCAAACAAGAAGAAGAAAAUCAGAAGCCAUUCCCAGUCUCGCCGUUCUCGCAGUGGAUCUCGCCACAGGUCUAAGAAAGACAAAAAAAAGGAGAAAGAACGAAGCCGCAGCCGAGAUCGUAAGGACAAAGAAAAGGAAAAAGAGAAGGAUAAAGAGAGAAAGAAGAAGGCAAGCAAGGAUCGCAAGGAGGAGAAGGAAAAGGAGAAACCAGGGAAGGUAACUCGCGAUUAUGAUGAAGAAGAGAAAGGCUACAACAGUGGCAGUGAUGCUGAAUUGGAAACAAGAUCCCAAGCAGAUGCUGAUGAUGAUGUUGAAGAUGACAGAAAAUCAGGCAUUGAUCGCCAUGCAGAUGACAUGGAUACUAGUGAUUAGCCCUAUAACUGAGGCUCUAUGAAGAGUCACUUUCUUUUAUAAAUGUGUUAUGAAUCAAGAUGUUCAUCAAUUUAAGAAACAUUUGUUUGACCUUGAACACAGCGCAUAGUUUUCAAAACGUUAAAAACACUGUGAAGGUUGAAAAUUUUGAAUUUUGUGACUGUUUAAAGUUCAGUGGUUCAGUGGUAGGAAGCUUAAGAUCCAAUAAAUUUUAGUUCCAUUUUUUCUAUGAUUGCCCACAAUUUUACUGUGUGUUAUGUUUUUGAUAUAUUGAAGAGAAAUAGAUAACAGUUUCUGGACAGGUCUCAAAACAUUUAUCUUCAUGAUAUUAUAGCAUUCAGUCCUCCAUUAUGUAUCUGCAAAAUUAUACGAGUAUCAUGCCUCGAGUACUUUUCUAUGCAUUCUGACAAGUUUACUUUUUUAGGUGAAGAUUCUUUCCUUGUGAAGGCUGUACUAUGUGUUUUAGCCUUGUGCAUUGUCAGGGUGUUUUGUGAAAAGUUAUUGAAAGAAUAAAGCAGUCUGCACUUUC